UGUAGCUUUAAAGAUGCUAUCAAACCCCAAAACUUCAGCAAGGUUGUUGAAGGUGUGAGAGAGCUCGCCGGCUUCAAUGAAGAGACAAAGUGCUAUGACAGACCAAGAGUGCUGAAGAAAAUGGGAAAUUCGCUUAAGAACAUUGGUGGCAUUAACUUCGCCAGAGCUUUGAAAGAGGAUGCUGAUAAAGAGACGAUACAUGAAGCAGAGACAUUUAUAGACUUGUGUGCAAAAGAAUGGAGACGUGGCCCUUCAUCAAAGACCAACGUAAACAACCUGCCAACCAUACCGUUCAUUCAUGAUGUGCAGCUUUUCUAUCAGUGCCUGGAGAAGACAGCAGCUUCUGCAGUGCAAAGUCUCACGAUGUACGAAUGCUCUCCGGUCUAUUCUGCACUUCUCAGAGUGACACUUGCACAAAUGUCAGUCUUGAACACAAAUAUGGCCAAAGUUUCAAAAGCAACGCUUAAGUCAUUUAAGGAACGGGACGAGACUGAACUUCAUGAAGACGCUGCUGUUAGCCAGUCACAGUUUGAGCAAAUUCUGUCCAAGCACACCGUCAAGAUCAACAUUGAGACCGAAAGUGGCCAAAAAGUUGCUGUUACGUUGACCCCUAAAAUACUCACUGCAAUGACACUGCUUGUGAACAAGAGAGACGCAUGUGGUGUACAUGAAAACAAUCCCUUCCUAUUUGCAAGACCUAAUGCCACAUGUUCAAGCUUCCAGCGCGGACACCAGUGCGCCAUCAUUUUUGCAUCUCGUUGUGGUGCAAAGAGCACAGCGAACCUCCGGUCUGUGAUUUUUCAUAAGCACCUUGCAAGACUUUUCCUGAUUCUCAGCCUCACAAAUGACGACCUUGAUCAGCUAGCCAAACUGUUGGGCCGUGACAUUCAGACCGACAGAGAGUAUUAUCAAACGCCAGAGGCAGCUGUUGACGUUGCAAAAAUCUCAGCGCUACUAUCAGCUUUUGAGAAUGGAUCUCUUCAAAAAUUCGAAGGAAAAUCUCUUGAGGAAAUUGAGAUUCCAGAUGAAUUGGAGCCAGAUGUGCAGGACAACUCAGAAAACAGUGAAGCUGAGGAGGAUAAUGAAAAAUCAGAAAGUUCUCUGAGCGGUCUCCCCUUCACAAAAGGCUCCCUUUUGGGAACCAAAAAAACCUGCAGAGCUUCUAUGUCAAGGAAACGUAGCCGAGGCCGGAGGAAGAGGCAGAAGAGUGAAACUGAGGCGUCUGAGCUGAAUGAUGAUAAAGACACCAAGGUGAACCGAGAGAAGGAUGACGGGUCAGACGAAAUGCCUGUGAACUGUGCUGUCAACACACCCGAGAAAACAGCGUAUCGUAGCAAUGAGGACGCUACACACAUGUCUUUCAGUGAUGGCGAUGACGACAUGAAUGUGGACUUUGACAUGGACACCGAUGACGACGUCAGAAAUGAGGAAAAUGAUGAAGAUGGUGACACAACUGGCUCAGCAGCAACUCCUCUGAUACCAGAUGUGACGAAGCAGGACGAACACAGCAGUGAUACCAAGAAGAACGACAGCUCACCUUACAAGCACACCAGUGUUGCAGACCUUGAAGAGACCAUGGACAUCGAUACAGUCAACAAUGUGGAGAGAAGACAAAAUCAAAAGAAAGGAGGGAAGCAAAAUGACUGGAUUGAUGUGGCUAGCAGGAGUUUCUCUGACUUCUUAAAUACAGAAAAGAAGAACAAAUUGUCAGCUGCAGUGAUCGGAAUGAAAGAAGUAAAGAUAUUAAUCCCCAAACUGGACAUUGAAAAGUUUCAGGCUUCAGUCAAGAGUUCCCAGUUAUCAUCGGAGUAUAACUCUGUCAAGUCGCCUGUGAAAGAUCCGCCCAUCCAUGAAGACAACAACCAGGGUCCAACAUCCUCUCCAUCCACAGACGUCCAAAACAAGCCCAGCUAUGCAAAGGCGUCAAAGAUGAACUGCUCCCACUGCAAGAAGAGCAUGAUGAAGGGCCAAACGGCUUACCAGAAGAAGGGUUUCACAGACGUCUUCUGCUCCAAAAACUGCCUUUUCGAAAUGUUUCCUAUCAACAAACCAGUCACCAAGACAUGUCAUUACUGCCUCAAGGCGAUAUCGCAGCCUCUAGACCUCAUCAUGGCGGCAGUGGACAUUAAAGGAACUAUGAAAGACUUCUGCAGUACGACCUGCCUCCUCUCUUUCAAAUCCAACACUGGGUCCACCCAAACACCACAGCGGCUCUGCAGCAUGUGCAACGAAUCCUGCACUACCACAUGUGAGUUGACCCUGAACGAGGCUGUACACACAUUCUGCGGCGACUCCUGCUUGGAUGAUUUCCGCAGGGACAACAUGGCCGUCUGCGAAAACUGCAGCUCCAACUGCCGCAACAAGCCACUGAAGCUGGAGCUGGAGGAGGAGACCAAAACCAUCUGCAGUCAUGAAUGUCUGGACGAGUUCAAAGAGAAAAUCGAGACGCUCCACCAAUGCACCAUGUGUCACACUUCUCAAACAAUUUCAGACAUGGUUGAUUACAAAAACGACAACAACGUGGUGAAACUCUUCUGCAACCGCAACUGUGUGACGUCAUACAAGCUACGGCCCGCAACUGUAUACAAGCUUCAAGAAAAGAAAAGCUCAGAUCAGUUGAAGAAGGGGAAAAAAGGCCAACAAUUGAAUCCUAAGGACGUAAAGAUCAGUCAAGACUCCACUGUGAACGAAAAUGAUGCCCCUGCAGCUGCUGAGUUGGACAACACAUCAACAUUCAUCAUUGAAGCCUCCUGCGUUGCAUGUUGCAACUGUGGGCAGAGACUGCCGAGAGGAGAGACGCAUUACCAGCCGAAGAGUUCACUGGAUGUUUUUUGUUCAGCCAAAUGCCUCUCUGAAAGACAUCCGCACAGCAAAUUAGCCACCAAAAAUUGCUACAACUGCUUCCAGGUGAUAAUGCGGCCUCAGAACAUUAUCCUGGCUCCGGUGGAUGAUUCAGGAACUAUGAAGGAAUUGUGCAGCGACACCUGCCUUGCUUCUGUUAACUCCAAGAGAACAGGACCUUGGUCUGAGUGCAAGAUGUGCGCCAAAUAUUGCUACUGCAAAUUCAGGAUGACCCUGGAUGGCUUGAUGCAAAGAAUUUGCAGCGACUGUUUCAUCAACUACCAAAGAAUCAACAACUUACCGGUGCCUAUUUGUGACGUCUGUGGCUCCGUCGGCCUCGGCAAACGGAUCCUGCUGAAGGUGGACGACAGCAGUAAAACUAUCUGCAGUGAAGAAUGUCUCAUCAAGUUCAAAGAGAAAGUUCGGGCGCCUCAGCUGUGCCCCAUGUGCCAGACGUCCCAUCACUUAUCAGACAUGGUUGAAAAAAAAAAUGAUAAGGGCAUGUUGGACUUCUACUGUAGCAACAGAUGUAUGAUGGUACACAAGGCUCAGUCUUCCACUGUGUCAGGAAGGAUGAGCCUAUCACCUCAAGAAGAUGACAUUAAGGAUGUGAAGCCGUCAAUAUCACCUGAAGAGAAUGACAUUAAGGAAGUGAAGCCGUCCAUACCAAAUCUGGACUGUAUAAAAGAAGAGCCCAUUGAUGAGGAGUACAACCAGAAUCUCCCAUCAUCCAUUUCCACAGAAAACAUCAAGGAUGAGCCUAAAGCAGGAGAUGAUGUGGCCAAGGAGGACUUGAAGAUUGGUUCAGUCUUCUCCUUGACGGGAAACUUGUCUACGCCCACGUCUACAGCGCCCACUCUCGCCCAUAUGGAUUUGCCUGCAUCUUGCUCCAACUGCAAACAGGUCCUGGUGGACGGGGAGACUGUUUACCAGAGGAAGGGCCACGCUGACAUCUUCUGCUCCACUCCCUGCCUUUUGAAAUGUUACCAAAUGAAACAAGUUAAGAAGACCUGUCACUUCUGCCUUCAGGGGAUAGCACCGCAACAGGACAUCCUCCAGGCCCCGGUGGAUAAUGAGGGGACAAUGAAGGAUUUCUGCAACCAGUCCUGCCUGUCCUCCUUCAGCUAUAAGAAUAUCAUGUCCACCAAAAUACCCCUUGUGCCGGUCUCGUCACAAUCACAAUGCAGCAUGUGCAGCAGAUAUUUCAUUAGAAAACAUGAGAUCAUACAGGAGGAUGUCGUCCACAAGAUCUGCAGCGAUCCCUGUUUUCUCCGCUUCUGCAACAUUAACAACUUGUCCAUCUGUGAGAACUGUCAUUCCCCCUGCAAAACACCUGUCAUGCUCAAGAUGGAGGACGGCAGCAAAAAACUCUGCGGUGCAGAGUGUCUGGCCCAAUUCAAACGGAAAAUCAAAACACCGCAUCCGUGUGCCAUGUGCCACACCGCCCAUUUAAUAUCAGAUAUGUUUGAAAACAAAAACGGUGAGGAUGUGGUGGAGCUCUUCUGCACCAGCAGUUGUGUGAUGGCAUCCAAGAUCCAGGCUGUCAGUGCAUCAGGUACUCCACUCAAUUGUGACCACUGUGGUAGGACUACAUUACCAGCCUGCCACCUCGCCAUGUCAGAUUCCUCCAUCAGGAACUUCUGCACUUUAACCUGUGCCAUGUCUUUUAAGGAGUCCCAGAAAGACAUGGCCGCUAACUCAACGGGAGCCGCUGAUCCAACCCAAUGUGACUUCCUCAAACCACCAGAGAAACUGCCAUGUGCCCAGUGUCGGCGCAUUAUAAAAGCUUCACCCAAAGUCAUCCAGAAAAAGGGAAAAAUGUAUUUUGUGUGUGGCCUGAGCUGUUGUCAAGAAUUUAAUAGGGUCAACAACAUCAUGGGCAAGUGUAAAUAUUGUAACAAUGAAAGGAUCAUCAGACACGUUCAGAAAUUCGACGGCAAAGACCAAGACUUCUGCAGUGAUGGCUGCAAGAGGCUUUUUCAACAUGAGCUGGAAAACAAGUGGGGAAAACACUGCGGCUGGUGUGCCUACUGCUUCUCCUUUUCUAAGACAGUGGUGACAGCAAAGUAUGAAGGCGCUGACAAGGACUUCUGCUCUGAAAACUGCAGCUCAAAUUACAAAAUGCUUCUCUGCCAUGUUGCCAAGUGUGACACCUGUGGCCUCAACGGUAAACUGAGGCAGAGUCUUCCCAUGUUGGGAGAGGUCAAACACUUCUGUGACCUGAGAUGUCUCUUACAUUUCUGCAAUAAAAAGGUCCAGAUGGUCAACACAGUCUCUUCACCGCCCAGAUCUUCAGGCACAGUGGAGUCCUUCCCCGUCAUCGCUAACGUUAUCUCACUUGCUAGCGCUUUGGCGAGGCAGACCAGUACCUCUGCUAGCUCUGCACAGCAUGGUCUACACACACAGACAUUAUUCUCUGUCCCUGACAUUCAAACAAAGGUUGUUGGACAUGCCAGUGUCCAAACAGUCCCCAAGGAAAUGAAGAACAAGUCCAUGCUCUGCACGCCGUUGGUCCACAACAAGGGAGUCUCCUGUACCACACAGACUGUUGACACAGAGGCACAGACAGACAACUUUGUACCUAAAGUCAUAGUCCUGCCUGUCCCAGUGCCGGUGUACGUUCCUCUGCCUAUGAACAUGUACAGUCAGUACACACCGACGCCUCUGGGCCUGCCUUUACCGCUUCCUGUGCCCGUGUUUCUUCCUGACCCAACUGUAAAAGUCACGAAGGAGAGGAUCCCCCCCGACCCGCUGGAAGAAGAGCUCAACUUAAAGUCUGAGAGGAAGAAAGUGCAAGAUGAGAAGAACAAGAGAGAACACAGAGUGGUGACAAAAGAGGGACGAAGACAAGAAGUUCAUGCUCCGAAGGAGCACAGCAGUAACUAUAGUGAAGACUUUGAUUCAGAUCAUCAGGCCACUUUCAACAACCAGAAAGACUCCUCCUCUGACACCAGCUUUGGGUCGCUCAGUCGACCAAACACCCACAAAAAAACACCUCGGUUUUUAGAGGUGGGCAUGCACAGGGAGCCUCAACCUGAGCUCCCACCCCCUGCUCUGGAGAUGAGGGGGGAUCCCCAGGGCUCACCGAGCGCUGAAUCGGCCCCAAUGCUAUUACAACAAACUGUGGGGAAAGUCCACAACAAGAACAAGGGUCGUAAGCUGCAACAGUCGUCCAGAGCAGCUGAAGAGGAGGCUUCUCAAAGAGAAAAGGUCAUGUCUAGGAAGCUCCAAAAACUUGAGAGUCAAUGUGGAAUUGCCGCCUGGAAGAGAUGGAUACAGUGGAGGAAAUCACAAACCAACCUGGACCUUGUUUCUUAUCAUGCUGUGACUUUAAACGAGGAUGUUCUUCGCUGCUCUGCGUCCGAGCUGAGCGACAGCCUCUGUUGUUUCAUUACUGAGGUGAAACGACCUGAUGGAGAGCCGUACUCCCCCGACAGCCUGUUCUACCUCUGUCUCAGCAUACAACAGUACCUGUUUGAGAACGAGCGUAUGGAGAACAUAUUCAGCGAUCUGAUCUACAACAAGUUCUCCACAAAGUUCAACAACAUCCUGAAAGGUUUCAAACCUUCAAUAUCAGCCAGCGGUUAUAUCCAUUCCCGUGUGGAGGAGGAGUUUCUCUGGGACUGUAAACAGUUGGGGGCGUACUCCCCCAUCGUCCUCCUCAACACCCUCCUUUUCUUCUGCUGCAAGUACUUUGGCUUCACCACGGUGGAGCAGCACCGCCAGCUGUCCUUUGCUCACGUCAUGCGCUGCACCAAAACCAACCAGAACAACACCAAGACCACCUUCCUGCGCUUCUACCCGCCAGUAUCCAUAAACAAGCCAGAGCCAGAUGUAGACGGAGUACCAGCUAAGAAGCGCAAGAAAAAAGAGAGUAUGGAGAUGAUGGAGAACACCGAGAACCCUCUCCGCUGUCCAAUCAGACUCUACGAGUUCUACCUCUCCAAGUGCUCCGAGUCGCUGAGGCAGCACACCGACUUGUUCUACCUUUCUCCAGAUGGCCGUUGUGUUCCCAACAGCCCUCUGUGGUUCUCCUCCACCCCUCUGGACGACGGCCCCAUGGAGGCCAUGCUUGUACGAAUCCUCGCCAUCCGAGAGCUGCAGGGGGGAGAUAGAAGAGGUGUGGACCAGCGGGGGGGAGGUGACACACGGUUCGUACCUGACGAGGAGGAUUUGGAAUGAUGAAGGGCAGUUGGAGAAUUAAUUCCCUUUUCUUUUUUUUUUCUCUUUUUUUUUUUUGGAGAUCUGUGUUUAAAUUUGGGCAUUUGCAACCAAAUACAUUCCAUCAGACAGAAACUUUACAACCAGCUGCUAUUUCAAACCAUUUCAGUCAUUUGGACUUGGAACUGUUACUGUUGCACACUUUAGCUGCUGUUUCAGGGGUUUUAGCUUAGACUAAUUUAAACUAAAUGUCAAACUUCAGAUAGAUGUCUGAAUUAAUCUUACUUUUUUUUAAUUGCUGAAAAACUUGGUUGACCACGCAACUGCAACAAACCGCUCAGCUCCCUUCGUUUCAGCAGCCUUCUGGAAGGAUUCAACAGAUACAAGAACCUUUUACUGGGAAAAUUCAGCCAAGAGUGCAAAAACAUAUACAGUCUUAGCUUCAGUACUUCUGCUAACACUUUCCCGUCUCAUUACUCGCUCCACAACAUUACCAACCCUCAAAUUCUGAGUUAGCCGCUGAUGUCUUUUAACUUCAAAAGAGAAAUGAAGAACAAGUUUACGUUAACUGCUGAUGUGUAGUGUUCGGCAACUUUUUGUGUUUGUAUCUCUGGAGUCAGUUGAAUGUUGCUUUCAGCUGUGACUCGGGAUUUAGUUAUUUUUUAUUUUCAAUAAAUACAGAUUUUGAAAAGUAA